AUGGGACAAAAAAAUACAACGUUUAUUGAUAAAGAAUCCAAUUUAAAUAAAUCAAAAAAUCAACAAACAAAAUCAUUCGAAGUUCAAACUUCAAUUCCUCAUCGUCACUAUACAUCAUCUGAAUCUACACACUAUAAUUCUCAUUUAGGUAUAGCUGAACGUUAUAUCAAUAUGCGAUUGCAAAUUCCUUUUACGGAAAAUACUAUUUCUGGCGUUAGUCAUGCUGAUAUUAUGCAUCAAUGGCAUAACAAACAGGCCAAUGAAAUCCAUAAGAAUAUGCCACAUCGAUAUCAAUAUGGUACACCAACAUCUUCAUCGAAUAAUUCGACAUGUCGUAAAAUCAAUAGUCAAGUAGAUACAUAUAGUCUACAACAACCUAAUUCAGCAUCUAAUAUAGAUCACAAAAAGAAAAAGAUAAUAUAUUGA